UCACCGUAGUACGGUUUGUAAAUUCUCCAUCCCAACCACAGUGUAUAUGUGUGUGUGUGUGUGUGUGCAUGUGUAUGUGUAUGUGUGUGUGUGUGUGUGUGUGUUAGCGGACGGUGAGAGAGACGAAGGCAGGCAGGCAGGCAGCUCCCUUUCGCCUUAUCUAAACACAUACAUUCCUCAUCAUGGCGGCCACGGAUGUAGAUAUAUUUUCUAAUGAAGAAAAGCGAAACCUCAGCCUUGGCGGUCAUGUUGGCUUUGACAGUCUGCCCGAUCAGCUGGUCAGUAAAUCGGUGACUCAGGGUUUCUGCUUCAACAUCCUCUGUGUGGGUGAGACGGGCAUCGGCAAGUCGACAUUAAUGAACACCCUUUUUAACACCAUGUUUGAAAAUGAGGAGGCCAGCCAUUACCAAAACGGUGUUUACCUGCGGCCCAGAACGUACGACUUGCAAGAGAGCAACGUCCACCUAAAACUGACUAUCGUCGACACGGUGGGCUUUGGGGACCAGAUCAACAAAGAAGAAAGCUAUAAACCCAUUGUGGACUAUAUCGACACACAGUUUGAAAACUACCUGCAGGAAGAGCUGAAAAUAAAGCGUUCUUUAUUCAAUUACCACGACACCAGAAUCCACAUUUGCCUCUACUUCAUCGCUCCUACGGGACACUCUCUCAAGUCCUUGGAUUUAGUCACCAUGAAGAAGUUGGACAGCAAGGUGAACAUCAUCCCUAUUAUUGCUAAAGCUGACACGAUUUCCAAGAGCGAACUACACAAGUUCAAGAUCAAAAUCAUGAGCGAGCUGGUUAGCAACGGUGUUCAGAUCUACCAGUUUCCCACAGACGACGAAGCAGUGACAGAAAUCAACUCCUCUAUGAAUGCCCAUCUUCCCUUUGCUGUGGUGGGCAGUGUGGAGGAGGUGAAGGUGGGGAAUAAGACGGUGAGGGCCAGGCAGUAUCCGUGGGGAGUUGUUCAAGUGGAGAAUGAGAGUCACUGUGAUUUCGUAAAGCUGCGGGAGAUGUUGAUCAGAGUGAACAUGGAGGAUCUGCGAGAACAGACUCACGCCAGACACUACGAACUCUACAGGCGCUGUAAACUAGAGGAGAUGGGCUUCAAAGACACCGACCCAGACAGCCAGCCUUUCAGUCUACAGGAGACAUAUGAAGCCAAAAGGAAGGAGUUUCUUGGAGACCUGCAAAGAAAGGAAGAGGAGAUGCGGCAGAUGUUUGUGAGCAAAGUGAAGGAGACGGAGGGCGAGCUGAAGGAGAAGGAGAGAGAGUUACAUGAGAAGUUCGAGCAGCUGAAGCGCAUGCACCAGGAGGAGAAGAGGAAGGUGGAGGAGAAGAGACGGGAGCUGGAGGAGGAGAUGAACGCCUUCAACAGGAGGAAGGUGGCCGCCGAGACCCUCUCACUCUCACAGCCGCUCAAGAAGGACAAGGACAAGAAAAAUUAAUUUAUGAGCCCACCGCAGGCCAUCCAUGGACUUUCCUCUAUUAACGUUGCAGCAUCAGCUUUUGUUUUUUGACAUGUUCCUCAUGACAUUGUGUUGAAGGACCAAAGACCCUGAUGGGAAGACAGAGAGAUGCAUUAUGGGGACUGAAUUUGUUGUUGUGUUGCUACAUUUUGUAUUUUUUUUUCCCCUUUCAGGUGGGUGGGGGUAAGUUUUAAUGCCCCUCCCCUCGUCAACCCCAUUUUAUUUUUGGGACUGGUUUGUUUUGGAGAGCGAGUGUGUGUUUUUUUUGUUUUGUUUUGGUACUAACCAUCUGUCCAUUUGUCUUACAGUCAGGCCAAAUUUUGUGACGUACGUAUUGAGUAGUACAUGUUUCCCUUGCCAGUGUACAGUAGUAUUUAAGAUCUGAGCCAAACUCAUUAGCACAGCACAGUGAUAUACUAAUGCACACGUGUAUGAUUUUAUUAUUAUAUAAGCCUGCAUGGGUAUGGCUAAAUAAAGCAGUCUUAAGAGUUAUUUUUGGUGCUGUUUUUAAAAGUUCAUGACAACAGAUAUGCAAAUUCUAUUUUUUGUAUUUUAAUAUUAGGCUGUAUGGUAUUCAGGUUAUGCUGUUUAUCAUAAAAGCUGUACUGUAGCAGUAAAGGCCAUCUGAACUAAGGUAACUUCCUACAGAUCUUCAUAUGCAGAAGGGGCAAUGUUGUCAACUGAUGUUGGAAAUAAACACUCGCCCUGAUUUCCUUCA